AUGGAGUUGGAUCUCUAUUGUGUCACCAUUGGAGGCGAGCAUCUCCACGGCGACGAGCAUGAGCUCCGCAGGAGACAGAAGAAAGACAUCGAUCGCUCCUAUGCACCCAAACGCAUCGUCAUCUGCUGCGACGGGACCUGGCAGUCCUCUGUCUCUGGGCAGAAGAAUGUCCCAUCGAAUGUCACUCGGCUCUGCCGCGCAUUGAAUCGUGUCGGCACCGACGAGGACGGCAGGGUAUGGCAGCAAGUGGUCUGGUAUGACUCUGGCGUGGGUACAACCGCGCUCGCACUGGGCGAUGCAGUCGAAGGAGCCUUCGGCGAAGGUGUCGAAGGCAACGUCAUCGAGGCAUACAACUUCUGCGUGCUCAACUAUAACCCCGGCGACAAGAUCAUGUGUUUUGGAUUCUCCCGUGGAGCUUUUACUGCUCGUACUAUCGCUGGUCUGAUCUCCGAUAUUGGAAUUUGCGACCAAGGCAACCUGAACAAGUUCCCCGACCUGUGGAAAGUAUACAAGCAACACGGCAAGGGUCAUCCUGGAAAGCGGUUCCACCGCAGUGAUGCUUGGUAUGAAUGGAUUUGGGGGAAGCUGGAUGAAAACCAAGGUGCGGGAGGUCCGAACGAGACGGAGCUUCGGUGGACCCAGGAGGCGCAGGGUCAAUGGUCUCCGGACGAGACAAAAGAGGUGGAGGUUGUGGGCGUCUAUGACACCGUCGCUGCUUUGGGAAUGCCCGAAGUCUUCGGUGUCAAAGUGCCCCAGAAGCUUCUGUUCUGGACUGGUCAGGGCGGUUGGGAAAACACAGAACUUUCGGCCAACAUCAAACACGCCUAUCACGCUCUGUCACUUGACGAAUCGCGCAGGGCAUUCACACCAACUCUAUUCUAUAUCCCGACUCUGAGAGUCUCCAAAGGCGAUGUGCAAAGCAAGCUCGACGCCGAGAAAGCGGCUAAAGACGAAUACAACCAGAAAUUGGACUACGCAAAAUCACUCAAAGCGGCCAACGCACCCAAUGAGCGCGUCAACCAGGCCUGUCACGACGCCAACGUGGCCGCUAAAGAAUGGAACAGAGCUCAGCGUAAACGCGUCAAGUACCAGAACCGACUGGAGCAGCACCCAGAGUUGAAGCAAGUCUGGUUCCCCGGCUAUCACGUCAACAUUGGUGGAGGCUCUAGCGAUACUCUCCACAAUGAAGGUGACAUGGAGGAGAUGUCGAAUAUCGCCUUCUCCUGGAUGCUUGAUCAGAUCAAGCCGCACCUUUCAAUCAAUGAAGACCUCAUUAUAAAGGAUUAUGUUGAUCGUGAAGCAAACUUUGCCAAGUACAACAAGGAGCUUCAGAGUUGGGAAGCUCAGACUACAGCUCGCGCGAACGAAUCCUGGGGCGAGUGGGGCUCGCGUGUUGCAAUUUCAACGGCUUCGAGCAUCGUGCACCCGUUCACUCCCAGCACCGACGUGCCCAAGCCUGCUUUCGAUAAACGUCGUGUUUAUCAGUGGGGCCUGGGAGAAAUGAUAAACAGCUAUACCAAGAUGUACUGGGCCAAUGGACAGGCCAAUCGCGCACCCGGCAAAGGUGUUGAGGAAAAGAGGAAGGGAAAAACCGUGACUUACGGCAACACUCACGAGUUUAUCCACCCUAUUGUGAAUUACAGACGCGAGCAAUUCGAGGUCUUGAACGCUGAAAAGCCCGGGCACCCGUUGUAUCACCCCAUCGGCAAAGAGUUCGACCACCUGUAUGUCCGCCGUCCGGCCGUCGACCAGAAUGGCAAGCCGAGAUUGGACAGCAAUGGAAAGCCGUAUUUCGAGUACAGAAUUGGCAGCUCUUCGCGCUUUGUUGAGGAAUGGAAGAUGGGCGGGGCAGACUCUUACGAGCGAUUGGCCAUCAUGGGAGCUUCAGCAUUUGCUUAUGUCGACCGGUUGGAGAAGGACAACGAAUCCGGCUUCGAGGGUAUUCGCCGUCCUAUCGUCCCGCCCACGGAAAAGGAGGCCAAGCCAGUUGCACCUGCCCUGAAAACAGUCCUAGAGUGUGGCUAUCAGCCUUCAGUUGUGGUGAAGCCCCGUCAUUCCACUAUCGUGACGAAGCAGGAUGAGGUUCUGGUCCAGACCCAGGAGAUUGAAGUUGAAAGCAGGUUUGAAAGCACUCAUUAUUAUGUCCGGUGA